AUGUCUGCUCGGAGAUGGACACGUGCUCGAGGAAAGAAACACCAUUCUUAUAAUAUAUCCAAUGAAACGGGCAAAUUUAACCAGAUACGAAUAGCAAACACAGCUCAAUUUUGCACAAUUUAUCUUGUUCGAUUUGGCAAUAUUGCUCGUUCAGGCAAGAUUGAUAUUGCCGGUUCUGGACAUUAUUUUAUCGAUGGUGAUCCACGAUUAUUUCGCGUAUUGUUGAAUUAUUUUCGAACAUGCAAAUUAAGUCAUAAUCGUAAUACAUUUCAAAUAUUUGAGGAUUAUUAUCAUCGCCUAUUGUUAGAGUCUGAAUAUUAUGAAUUGUACGAUAUUUAUCAAAAAUUGGCAGAAUUUUAUGAUACUAUUGUCGGAAUACAGUCGACGCCAAUACAUAUGCCACAAAUCGAUCAUUACGUUGUCAUUGAUGCACUAACAUUUUUAGAUUUAACUAUACUCUAUUACAUAUGUUCACUGUUCCUCAUUUAUCAUCACAAAAUAUGGCACCCCCUUAAAAAAUCUCACGGUCUAAUUGAUCUGAGUCCACCACGAGAAUAUCCUCAUUUCACUCAACGAUUAAAACAAAAACAAAUACGUGAAUAUCAAGAAGCACAGAUCGAAGGUGAGAAUGCUCGAUUGCGAAAUAAUAUAAUGCAUGUCGUACAAGCGGGAGGGUAUAUUGAUUCGAAAAACGAUUACGUCAAGAAAAGUUUAAAUGCUGAUAAACGGAAGCGUGUACAAGCUGGAUAUCAUCAAGAAAAUGUGAGACUGGUUCAAAAACUUCACUCCACUCAAAGCCAAUAUCCGACGGUUAAAUUCGAGUCCGAGUGGGAAAAACAGCAAAGAGUGAAACAGAGAAUAUCUCGAUAUCCACAGGGACGGAAACAAUUAAAAGAACCAAAAGCCAAAAUUCUUCAGAUACGUGAAAGUAUCGUCAAUGUAGUACCAACAGAUAGUAAUGAAAACACUUAA